AUGACCAGCUCAUCGCUAGGAAACCCCACGGGACCCCAGGACGACUCGCCCGGUCGCCAGUCAUCAACCUCCCAGAAUACACCCACCGCCCAACGACGACCCCAAUCCAGGAGGGACGGAGCUACGAGGGAGCUAACGACGGCCCAGCCGCCUGCGAUCUCGCGGGGAAUCUGCGCCCGCAUCGCUCAGUGGCUGAGGCCUGGCGGGUGGGGACCGGCGUGCCAGCCCCAACCCACAGGCCCUGGCUCCGUUGGCGCUGGAACGACUUCCCAGCAAUCAGCAUCGCGCCCGCAGCUACACAUCCAGCCCGACGCAAGCGCCUCACUCGACUGCAAGGCCUGUCGCGAGUGGAAUGUGGUCUGCGACCAUGCCCGGCCGCAGUGUGAACACUGCUAUGAGCAGCAGAUUCUCUGCUUCUAUGUCAAUCCCGGCCAGAAGCCUAGGCGCAAGGCGAGGCGGCAUGGGGAGAAUAUAGUUGGGGAAAUGGCGGCCAUGUCGGAGGAGCGUGCGCGAUCCAUCACUGAUGUGUCAGCAGCGACGCCGGUUUGA